CCGCAGAGUCUCUCGCAUCCCAGACCACGCACCCUCCGCACGCCACCCCACACACGCCCAUUUCUCCGCUGUGUCCGUCUCACGAACCCUUGUCUGCUAACUACGCACCUGAGUCCACCGAGUACCCCACUCCACACUCCCCAUCGUACGAUACUCUUCCCCCACUCGAUCAUGGAUCAGGACGCGUCCAGUUCAGGAGGAUGGCGGUUUGCGCAAUGCUUCGGCGACAAGGGCGACGUCGAGGACAUCACAGAAGCCGAUAUUAUCUCAACCGUCGAGUUCGACUCGACAGGCAACUACCUUGCCACCGGUGACAAGGGAGGCCGUGUCGUCCUGUUCGAGCGCAAUGAGAUGAAAAAGAAUUGCGAAUACAAGUUUUACACCGAGUUCCAGUCGCACGAACCAGAGUUCGACUAUCUCAAGUCGUUGGAGAUCGAGGAGAAGAUCAAUAAGAUCAAGUGGUGCAAACGACAGAACUCCGCACACUUCCUGCUAUCCACCAACGACAAAACGAUCAAGCUAUGGAAAGUGUUUGAGAAGCAGUUACGAGUGUUGUCGGAGAGCAAUCUGCUCGAUGGCCAGAGAUCGCUACCCGCCCCCAUAUCCUCACAACACCUGAGACUUCCCCGCAUGACCCAGCAAGACAACAUCAUUGCUGCAGUACCCCGCAAAGUGUACUCGAACGCACAUGCAUACCACAUCCACUCCAUCUCGGUAAACUCUGACCAGGAGACAUAUAUCUCGGCGGACGACCUCCGGAUUAAUCUCUGGAACUUGGAUAUCAGCGACCGUAGCUUUAACAUUGUCGAUAUCAAACCCGCGAACAUGGAGGAGCUCACAGAGGUCAUCACUGCGGCCGAGUUCCAUCCCACGCAGUGCAACUUGUUUAUGUACAGCAGCUCGAAGAGUAACAUCAAGCUCGCGGACAUGCGAGACUCUGCCCUGUGUGACAAGCACGCAAAGAUGUUUGAGGAAGAGGAGGACCCAACAAACCGGUCUUUCUUCUCCGAGAUCAUCUCGUCCAUAUCCGACGUGAAAUUCAGCCAUGACGGUCGAUACAUUCUGUCGCGCGACUAUCUCAACCUCAAGAUCUGGGAUAUCAACAUGGAGAACCGGCCAUUGAAGACGAUCCCCAUUCAUGACCACCUCCGGGGAAAGCUGUGCGAUCUGUACGAGAACGACUGCAUCUUCGACAAGUUUGAGUGCAUAUGGAGUGGCGAUGACAAGCACGUUCUCACCGGGUCAUACCACAACUACUUCCGGAUAUUUGAUGUCGAGACCCUGAAUGACGUCGUGCUUCAGGCGGACAAGUCGGCGUUCAAAGCGAAGAAGAUCGGAGGUCCUCUGCCGGGCAACAAGGGAGGCUUGAAGAACGGACGGCCAACUGGAAUGAGGGAGAAUAUGGCAUCAGAGACGCUGGACUUCAACAAGAAGAUCUUGCACGCGAGCUGGCAUCCGCGGGAAAACACCAUAGCGAUCGCCGCAACGAACAACCUCUUCUUGUACAGUGCGGCAUGAGCAUGAACAUGCCAUGCUCUCCGUGCCCUUACUUCCCAUCACCUCUACGCCUCCCAUCCUUCUAUUCACCCAUACGCUUGUCCUCAUGCACGACCACACUCCAUCCAACACCUUCGUCUUGCUGCGCGACAUGCCAUCACCUGAAGAGUCCAGACAGACGACUAAGAUACCGAGAUGCCUCCUCGGAGCACAGACGGGGAGCACAGACUGACACUACAUCGUUUCUCGCUCCUGCAUAACGACUAGCCUUGGCCGCUCUCCAUUGUCCUCCACAGUCCCUCUUCCGCUUCCGGACCCUCUACUAUAUAUGCGCACUGAUGUGCCGUUCGUGCAUACGCCCGGCGUGCCGGGCUUCUCGCUCAGUGUACUCCAUGUUCUCCUAAUCGCCCCUUACACUCCCUUAUAUCCCCGCACGUGUACCACGUUCGCAUCGGACCUCAUCCAUCCGUCUUCAGACCUACCGUACACCCGCGCCCGGGCGCCGCAGCGAUUGCGUCUCCACGUACGUGCGUCCUGUGUGUCCUCCUGCGUCUCCCGCGUCUUCCCUUGGCUCGCCCCGGUUGGCUCUUGCGUCUCGUUCGCAGCGUUCACGUCGUUGUCCGUCACCACGUCUGUAUCAUUCCCUCUCCCGC